CCCACUGACCCCUCUGUGCUCACCCACCCACUCUAACAACCUUCUGUGCCCAUGCCUCAUUUGUGCUGAUCUCUUCAAGCUUUGGACCUCAUCAAGCACACAACUGAGUGAGAAGCAGCCCCUCCUCUGGAUGCCACCAUGAGACCGGUGUCUCUGGGGCUGUUCCUCACCUUCACUCUGCUGCCUUUCACUGCUGGCUCCAUCCUACCAGGAUUAUUGGAGGGGAGAAGCAGGGAGCAGAAAGUGUGGGUCAGAGAGGGCAGUUCAGCCGUGCUGCCCUGCCACUUGAACCCCAGAAAGACGGGGGAGAGCCCAAGGCAGCUGUCUGACAAGACAUCUGUGCUGUGGAAGCGGCAAGGGGGAAGUGUGCCCCAGGAGCCGCACGUGGUGCUGGAGUUCGGCUACUCGGGCCUGCAGAAGACAGCGCUGCGCAUGAAGCCCCGGGUGUCGCUCCAGGACUCCAGCCUAGGCAGCGGCAACUUCUCCCUGCGGAUCGACCCCGUGCGGAGCCGGGACGCUGGGCUGUACGAGGCACAGGUGAAAUACAAAACAGAGGUCCACAGCUGCCACGUGGAGCUGGGGGUGAUCACAGUAACCCUCAGUCCACCCAAUCCGGUGAUAGGAAAUGAGCUGCUCUUGAUAAACUGCAACUCCAGCCACCGGGCCAGCCUUGUGGAGACAUGCUGGUUCCAUGACAAGCACCCAGGCCCCACCUCCAGGACCUUCUGCUCCUUGUCCAGGACUCUCUCCAUCCUCCAUCCAACCAUGAGUGAUGCGGGCUCCUGGCGCUGCCAGCUUCGGUACUCUGAUAAGGAGAUAAUUUCUGCUGCAUUCAACCUGCAAAUUCUAGGUUUUGAUGGCCCAUCCAACCCUGUGGUCUAUGCAGCAGCUGGCUCUGCAGCCGACCUACCCUGCAGUCUGAGCUACCUUCCCAGUGCCUUUGGCAUGGGUGUGGUGACAGCCCACUGGAGCCACCUUGCAGGAGGACAUUUGCAAGACCGGGGCAUCUCCCAGAAUGUGAGCAGCAGAAGCUUCCCGCUGCAUCUCCCGGCUGUGGGGCUGGGUGAUGCAGGGCAGUACCGCUGCACUGUCUCUCUGGGACACAGGACAAUCAGCAGGGACGUGACCUUGGCCGUGGUUACAGUGACUCCGAGCAUCCAAGGGCCAGUUUCUGAGGGGAGUCGUUUGCUGCUCAUCUGCAUCCUCACACACACCCAGGGACACGAGCGUUUCCAGUGGACACACCUUGACUCAGCCCCCACUAAGAGCAAGCUGGCUCUGGCUGCUCCCCGGAUGGGACCUACCUUGGAAAUACCCCAAGUGUCACAGCAGGACACAGGCACCUGGGAAUGCAGUGUGUAUGGCCCAGAAGGCAGACUGGGAGCAGUGGAAUAUGACCUGCAGAUCACAGGUGCCCAGGUCUCCAGCGCUCCCUCCAUCUUCAGUGGGCAGAUUACUUUUGGGCUCACACUCAGCCUCUUUUUUCUGCUUGCUGUUUGUGUUCUGGCUCUGGCCCUACAAAGAAGGGCACGGGCUCCUGCCUUCCCAGCACUGGAAGGGAUGUGUGCAGUCAGUGUGCCGUGGAAGUCCAUGGAGGAAAGCCAGAAAGGGAAGAUCCAGCAAACAGAGUGCUGAUGGAAGCAGGGGGCAUUGGGGCUGGUCUGCAUGGGAGGAUGAAACUCUGUGUGCCACGAGAGUGAGAUGGGCACCAUGCAGACCUGUCAGGAGGGAUGAGGGAUGGCACGAGCAGUGCAGGGGACCUUGGCAGCUCUACCUGCAGAGGGGCUGGCAGCUGCAGCCAGGGCAAGGCAGGUUACCACUGCAGUCAGGUGCCAGCAGCAGAGAUGCUUUGGAGCUAUUGGGAGUAUCUGAGCCAGUAGCUACUGCCUGCUUUGGUGCCACAUCUCUGUCCCACUCUUUGCCCCUCUUUCACAGCCUCUCUCUCAGCCUUUCUUGGGUGGAACCCUUGGAUGCAGUAUAUGGCUGGAAUCCACCUCCCCUGCAGUCUGACAAUGUUUUUUUCCCCCAUGCUCACUCUGUUCUCCUCUCCCUCUCCCUGCACUGCCCUGCUCACUGCCCUGUUGCACAUUUUGAGCAUUUUAAUUUAUUAGAAACUAAUUUUAGAACUUAAA